ACAAAGAAUCAGAAACCUCUAGUGAAGAAGCUACAAGUGAUGAAAUCGCACUCUUAUCAGAUAAUACUAAUCAAACACUAAGUAAUGUUUCCACCUUCUCCACAAAUAAUCGAGCACCUGUUAGAGUUUACCUUUUAUCAACUCCUGAUAGAGGCCAUAAGCCCUUAGGAGUAACGACAGACAAUGCUUCCAAUAUGAUUGCUAUGGGUUGUGUUCUAAAAGAAAGAAUGCAUAAUGAAUUUAGUAAUAUUAACGUGCAGCAUUUUCGCUGUGGUGCACAUAUUCUAAAUAUCAUUGUUAAAGAAGGAAUUAAGUCAGUCAAAAAACUUCAACGAAUUCGCCCUAUGACCGAUAUUCUUGUUGUAAGCAACCAAAUGUUAAAACCAAAUUAUCCUGACGAACAAGAAUGGGAAAUUAUUAUGGACCUGUUAGCUCUUCUUGAACCUAUGUAUCAUGCAACCGUAAUGCUGUCUUUGCCAACACUUCCAACCCAAGGUGACUUGCGCUUUAUAUUCCGUGAUCUUAUUAUACAUUUAAAUAAUAAUGAAAACCUAGUGAUCAAUACACAACAUGCUGUAGCUAAUGCGAUGAAAGUAAAAUUUAUGUCAUAUUGGGCUCACCUAAAUGAAUCAUCAGCAAUUUCAGGCCUUCUUGACCACCAUAAUAAACUUUCUACCUAUGAUAUUACUGAACAUGAACAAACUAUUAAUAAACUCCAUGAAGUGUACCAAAUAUACAAACCACCUGAAGAAAAAAAACCAUUACCACCUACCACUGCUACUAAAUCAACAUGA